AUGUCGGUCAACGGUGUAUCAAUAUCGUAUCGUUGUGUAUUUUCAAAAAUUCGCGCCAACAGCAUGUAUGUAUGGUUUAGAAAUUAAACGUGAUGGCUUUAACACGAAAAGGGCAAGUUUACAGCGUCGGCAAUUAUUUGAUGACUGGUAAAGUUCUCGGAAAAGGUCAUUUUGCAAAAGUUGAGGAAGCAACACACCGUCUAAUUGGGAAAAAGGUGGCAAUAAAAAUAAUAGAUUUGACAUGUAUCAAGGAAGACUAUGCCAGGCGUAAUUUACACCGUGAGCCCCGAGUGAUGGCCAAGCUGCGCCACCCGUGCAUUGCUGCUUUAUACGAGACCAUGAUGCACGGGCCGCGGCUGUACGUGGUGAUGGAGGCGGCGGGGGGCGGCGACCUGUGCGCGCACGUGCUGGCGGCGCGCGGCGCGGCGCGCGGGUUGCCUGAGCCACGCGCGCGUGCGCUCGCCGCGCAGCUCGUGUCCGCUGUGCGGCACAUGCACUGCAGGGGCGUCGUGCAUCGUGAUUUGAAAAUGGAGAACAUAAUGCUGGACAGCACCAAGCAGUUUAUUAAAAUUGUUGAUUUCGGUCUGUCGAACGUGUGGUUCGCGGGCGGUGCGCUGCGCACGCCGUGUGGCUCGCUUGAGUACGCGGCGCCCGAGCUGUUCGUGGACGGCCGGAGGUACGGGCCCGAGGUCGAUUUGUGGAGCAUCGGUGUGAUAGUAUACGGUAUGGUGACGGGCGGGUUGCCGUUCGCGGGCGAAGGGGAUACUACAGCGGGAUCCGCACAAAGUUCACGGCCGUUACUACGGGCGGCUAUAGCGCGCGGGUUCAGUAGGAAGCAACGGGCCGCGCUGGCUUGUGUGUCUACUGAGUGCAAGAUGUUCAUCCAGCAGCUUUUGGAGCCGAAAGUGGAGUUACGUAUGAAAAUAGAGGAAGCCGCGAGACACCGCUGGGUCAAAAGACCCGGUAUGAGAAUGAAGACGCACCCACUGACCGCGCCUGAUAGUAAAGCUAAUAGAGAGAUUUACCGACAAAUAUCCGAACUAUGCGGCCAAUCAUUUUUGGACAUUGUAGCUCAGAUAAAAGCGGAGCCCUUUGGAACUACAGCCGGCAUUUACAACAUUAAGACGCAUCUCCACCAAAUGCAAGCAGCGUCUGGGCCAGACCUGCUCUGGUCUUCCAGUACCCAGGAACCGAGACCAGUAUCGCCUCCAGAAUAUCACGCGAAAUAUGAAAUCGACACACCAAUAUCCAAUUCAGUGCCCAGUAUUGCCAAAUUUGUUCAAGCCAGACAUUUAGAUAACCAACGGAUUACCCCAAAACAUUCUUCUGAAGCUACAGUGUCGAAAACUGAAGACACUAAACAGUCGAGCAAGAUAUCUCGACCUUUAAGCAUGUUUGGACUCAGGAAACCGGUUUUCAGGGUGUAUGAAAAUGGGGAUGGUUUGGACCGCAGGCUGCCAAGCAUUAAUGAGCAUUCCAAUCCAGAUUUGAAUGAUAAAAAGAAUAAAAAAGAGUUGAAACCACCAGCUAGAAAUGAGGGUGUGAGGUUGAACAGUUGUCCCAAUAAAGUUAGCGAUGUUAAGCGAUCGGAGUUUUAUAGGCGUGCUGGGGAUGGAUUGCCAAGUUGGCGAGCGAGUGGUGUGCCGAGAACGCAAGCGCCGAGGAUCUUGAUACAGAGCAACGCAACUACUAUUAAACGGGCUUCUUUGGGGAACAUUAUAAGCCCUCAUUCGUCGUCGAACAGUCAAUGCAAAAGCGAGAGAGCGAUGCCUGUGGGUUGGUAUUCUAAUAGACCUCUAACAAAGGAGACAUAUACGCAACGUCUCCGACGGACAGCACCGAUCAAAUGACGAUUUUUAAUACAUUCAAACUUAACUUUUCGAUGUGCUUAUUUUUUAAGAUUUUUACUGAAAUCUUUGUGUUAAUUUGUAUGUAAUUUUAAGCGAAUAAAUUUGGAAAAUAUUCUUGAUUCGAAA